GUUGCGGGGCCCUCUUCAAGGGCGGAUCAUUCAAGACUUUCCGAUCUCGCUCCUCUUCAAUUGUUUCUUUUUGGGCCUCUUUUUUCUUAACGUACAUAAUAACAAUACUCUCCCCCCGCCUUCGAGGCUCCGUGUCCCGCGAUCCCACGAUCUCAACAUUUCAAGGUGCUCCGCUCUUACCUUACCUCGGUCUACCGGGUCCAUCUCACAGCUCCGGCUACGCUAGGAGAAACCGCGAACCUUUUCCCGCAUUGAUUCUUGGCGCCGCUGACGCACGCGUCGGGUUUUUUGGGUUGGAUUUUCACGAUGUCAUCGGCGCAGGCGCCCUUGGAAGUCUUGCCUACUUCUACGAUGACGGAGAAGCAGGUUGUGAGGGGGGCCGGAACGGAAAAGAGUGGGAGUAAUGCGCCUGCGGCGGCAAGCAAGUCAAAUUACAAAGGGUUUGUGGCUGGAGUCUUCUCGGGGAUUGCAAAGUUGAGUGUUGGACAUCCAUUUGAUACUGUCAAGGUUCGACUUCAGACUAGCAAGGAUGCGCACUUUAAGGGACCGUUGGACUGUACGUUGCAGACGGUGCGCAAGGAGGGUGUGCGGGGGUUAUACAAGGGUGCUUCACCACCGCUGGUCGGAUGGAUGAUGAUGGAUUCUGUAAUGUUGGGAUCUUUGACAUACUACCGAAGACUGCUUCUAGAGAAUGUCUUUUCGAAGCCUGAACUCCGCCGAUAUAUCCCCUUCUCUCGCAGCACCGAUCUAUCAACACUGCCCUCCUUCGGUCAUGGUAUGGCUGGUGUCCUAGCUGGUAUGACGGUCAGCUUCAUUGCCGCUCCGGUCGAGCACAUCAAGGCUCGACUACAAGUACAGUAUGCGGCGGACAAAUCCAAGCGCAUGUACAGCGGGCCAAUCGACUGUCUACGCAAACUUCUUCGCACACACGGCAUCAGCGGUGUAUACCGCGGCCUCGCCGCCACCAUGUUCUUCCGCUCCUUCUUCUUCUGCUGGUGGGGAUCCUACGACGUUCUCACCCGCUAUAUGACCAACAACACAAGCAUGUCCGCGCCCUUGAUCAAUUUCUGGGCCGGUGGAAUCUCAGCUCAGAUCUUCUGGCUGACAGCAUACCCCUCCGACGUGGUGAAGCAGCGCCUGAUGACAGACCCAAUGGGUGGUGCCCUGAAUGAUGGGCAAAGACAGUUCCACAGCUGGAAGGAUGCUGCUCGGGCUGUAUGGCGGGAACGUGGGUGGAGAGGGUAUUGGCGCGGAUUCGUCCCCUGUUUCCUGAGGGCGUUCCCGGCAAAUGCCAUGGCUCUGGUUGCAUUUGAGGGCGUGAUGAGGACCUUGCCUUGAAGGAAGUGAGGUGUAUUGGGACUGCUUAUAUCUUCACUCUAUGAAUUUGUACAUAUACACAUGAGAUGCUGAUAGAUUCGGGAAGCAUUUAGAAUAAGAAAGGAACAAUUACUAGACGUCAUUCUCUACGAAGGCUACCGCUCCCUGUUCUCGAUUGGGAGCUACGCCGAGGUUAUCCGAGCUGAGGAAUGUGAGAUGUUGACAAC